AUGGCAGCAGCGCGCGCGAGGCUCCUCCGGGGCGUUGCCAAUGGCGGAGGAGACUGCAGCCGCGUCUCGGGUCUCUCGGGUCUCUCGGGUCUCGUGGCCCCUGCGGCUUGCCGUGGCCUUGGGGGGGCCGCAGCUCGAGCUCGUCUUUCGUCAGCCUGCCGCUCAUCAUCAUCAUCAUCAUCAUCAUCAGUCUCGCCGCAACGCCGCUCCGUCGGCACGUCGAGGUCGUUUUCCGGCACUGCAGCGAGUCGUGCCGCGAAGCUGACGACCGACUCGUACCCUGGCUUGACGAGAGACUCUAGAUUCUCCAAGCUGACUCCAGGGCAUGUGGCCUAUUUCAAGCAACUCCUCGGCCAGGACUCGGCCGUCAUUGACGGUAUCAAUGCCGACGCCGCUGCCGACAUUGAGCCCUUCAACGAGGACUGGAUGCACAAGUACAAGGGUCAGUGCAGGUUGGUGUUGAAGCCGGGGUCAACCGAGGACGUCAGCAAGAUCCUCCGCUACUGCAAUGAGAACAUGCUGGCCGUGGUGCCGCAAGGCGGCAACACCGGGCUGGUGGGCGGUUCCAUCCCCGUCUUUGACGAGAUUGUCAUCGGCAUGGGGAGGAUGAACACGAUCCAUUCGUUUGACGACGUGAGCGGCUCCCUCGUGCUGGACGCAGGUUGCAUCCUGGAGGUGGCAGAUCAGCACGUCGCCCAGCAGGGCUACGUCUUCCCCCUGGACCUGGGGGCCAAGGGUUCGUGCCACGUUGGCGGAAACGUGUCGACAAAUGCCGGCGGCCUGCGGCUGCUGCGUUACGGCAGCCUUCACGGCAGCGUUCUGGGCGUGGAAGCCGUCCUGCCGGACGGCACCGUCAUGGACGACAUGUGCACCCUGCGCAAGAACAACACGGGCUACGACCUGAAGCAGCUGUUUAUCGGCGCCGAGGGCACGCUGGGGAUAGUCACCAAGCUGGUCGUGCAGUGUGCCCAGCGUUCGCCGGCGGUAAACGUGGCCCUGUUUGGUGUCGAGUCGUACCAAAAGGCCCAAACGGCGUUCCGCGAGGCCAAGCUGCAGCUGUCGGAGAUUCUGUCGGCCUUUGAGCUCAUGGACGGGACCAGUCAGCGUCUCGUCCACCAGGUGCGCGGCGGGACGAGGCCGCUGGAGGGCGACCACCCCUUUUACUGCCUCGUCGAGACGAGCGGCUCCAACGGCGAGCACGACUACGAGAAGCUGGAGAAGUUCCUGGAGCAUGUCAUGUCGAACGAAGUCGUUGCCGACGGCGUCGUCGCCCAGGAUGCCACCCAGAUCAAGACCCUGUGGAGCUGGCGGGAGGGCAUCACAGAGUGCAUCGGCCACUUUGGUGGGACCUAUAAGUACGACGUCUCCAUCCCGCUGCCAGACAUGUACUUGAUUGUCCAUGAUGUAAAGGCGAGGCUGUCGGAAGCCGGCCUCGUGGGAGACACGGAUGACCACCCCGUGGUGGAUGUGGUUGGGUACGGCCACAUGGGUGACUCGAACCUCCAUCUCAACAUUGCCGUCAGACGAUACGACAAGGAGGUCGAAACGGCGUUGGAGCCCUACGUCUACGAAUGGAUAGAGAAACGACGCGGGAGCAUCAGUGCAGAACAUGGUCUGGGUCUGGCAAAGAAGAACUACGUGGGCUACAGCCGUAAUGAGACCAUGAUUGGACUUAUGAGGCAGAUCAAGACCUUGUUUGAUCCGAACGGCAUCAUGAAUCCGUACAAGUACAUCUAG